AUGAUGGCGGUCCCUAUGACGACAAACGAGCGUUGGCUAGUGUGGAAAUUCUUGUGCGACUGGGUCAAGACGCAGCUUGCGAUGGAAGUGCCUGCUUCGAUUCCAGGGUUCGGGACAUUUUAUCUGCGAGUCCAAUCCUUAGGCAUCCGCAUCACCUUUUUCGAGCCCGACAAGCAAUUCCUCCGCAAGUUUUGCCUUCAAGUGGACUCAGAAAUGCCUGAUCCAGCACUCGCUACGCUAUCAUCGACAGGCUCUAAUUCGGAUGCGUUGGCAUCCACUGAAAGCAUUAGCAGAGCACCUAGCGUUGUUGGACUGGGUGACGUAUUUGCUUUCAGUUUUGUGGAAAUGGCUGCAUGCUGUGGGAACGCAGUUGAUUUAAAACGAGCACAGGAAUGGCUGCAUGCGGUCAUCAACAAGCUGGGCAACGCAAUGAGUCAAUGCGAUAGGGUAGAGCUGAACAUUGGUGUUGGGGUGAUCGUAUGUGGUGACUGUGUCAUUCAGCGUCAUCUACUUUCGCGUGACUCGCGCCCGCCCCCACGACUGGACUACGAAAUCCGGACAGGAGAAAGUGUCGUGAAGCGGAAGUUGCUCGCCCAAGCAGCUCUUCAAACUACUCCAACACCUCCGACCAAGUACUCUUUCCUGUCAGGAUCCACUUUCUCGUCAUCGAUCCAGCUUAAUCCUGUGCUUGACCGGUCUAAGGACGUACCAGAUUUUUCAUUUGGCCCACCGAAUCCUCGACGACCGACGUUUCAUUCUGUAGUGGCCACAUCGGAUAGCAAAGCUUCUCCUCGCCCAACUCAGCUUCAUCAUCAAUAUCAUCGAUCACCAAGUCCACGAAUUAGUCGUAUCAAUGCGUCUGUGACUACAGAAUCAGCACCGACCGAUGACAGAAAUGAAGCAGAAACGACGUAUACACUUACCAAGCAGGAGGGAGAGGAGACCUCGACGACACCACAGCUAUUCGAUCGGCUAAGCCGCACACUCUUUGUCGAACCUGACCAGAACGUGUCGUAUUUGCUCCCGUCGAAUCGCAUCGGAUCUAACUUUAUGCCGGCAGCAGCGUUGCUGAUGACAGAGAAGUCUGCGUCUCAGUAUGGACAACUAACGCAUCACUCUGGAGGUGUAGUUUUCAUUGAACAACCGAGUUUUUCCGGCCGCUCCUUUCGAAGGCAGAGGAAAGAGCUGCUCCAAAACGCAACACCUGAACAACGAUAUUUUGAGUAUUUGGCCGACGACAAGUUCUUCGACCGCAGUAACCUUGCUCCUCUUCCGGCUGAUCUGGAAUCGAGAGUCGUGGCCGCUGCUGUGAAGUACAUUACUGGCCCAUCUAGUGAUCGGCUCGAGACGGUUUUGGAGGUGGCACACCAAGAGUUUGUGGACAACUACUACACCAGCGCCAAGAAAGCCAUUCUGAAUUAUAUGCUGAUGCGUGCAGAGUCUUGUGAGCGACUAGAAAUCCCACAAGGAGCACCGGCUCAUGCUCUUCUGCCUAUAAAGUGGAAGUGGGGCAGCAGUGAUGGGCCAAAUGGCUGCAUUGCGGAUCUGAAGACCCUACGUGCACAGUCCAAGUUGAUGUCGCUGCUGAUCUUUUCGAACCCGCAAGUUCGAGCUCUUCGCUACAUGUGGCAUGAAAUGUUUGCUUCAAUUACUCUGGUAGACCUUCCAAGUGGCGAAGAUCUCAACGGUAUGGAACCUAUGGACAUUAUUCAAUUUGAACGAACCCAACUGGCUUUCUCGGCUAAGGCGAAAGCGUUUGUAAUGGAGAACUGGUACAUGAAAGCGAAGAUGAUGUUUGAAAGCGCUAUUCAAGCCGAGACGUUCUCUAUUCAUACGUCAGAGGCAGCAGUGAGUUUCCGACUACGACACUUGUUCGACACAGUAUCUGCAGUUAUGUCUUUGCAAAUUCGCUCGCUUAUCAUGAAGUCUGUUCAAGCAUACGUCAAUUUUUUCGAGCGGUUUGGGGUGGUGAAUGAAAGUCAAGAUAGCGACGACAACGUCCACUACGAGGCAAGACCGACACGCCCUGGUUUACUGAUGACGCUGGUGCUGCUCGGUGACCAAAUCCAAUUUCGAGAUCCUCUGGUGGACAUUCCAAGUCGCUUGUUGAACGUCCUUCACAACAUACCCAAGUUAUUUACCAAUCUUGGUCGUAUUGAGACGCAGUUUGAAGAACCAAUUCUCUUGUCGGCUACUUCAUCGCCUUUUUUGUGGAAUGUCGUUGCACAGGAGGAUGACAUUGUCGUUGCGACGAUCAGAAUUCGAGCGAUCAUUGAACAAAACCUGUCGUACUUGCGGAAGCUGCAGACUGACUAUGACAUGUUCGCGUUGACGCACCGCUACGUGAAUUCUGUUGAUUGUUUCCAUCUGGAAGAAAAUAGCGAGCUGGAAACGUAUCGAGCGGAGAUGGAGCGUGUUCAGACGACCGCUUUGAGACUUGCCAUUGACAACAGACACUCUCAGCAUCUUGGUUUGUUCUCAGUGGAUUGCCGACAUGUGAAUACGAGAUUGCAUACAGAUCUCGCUCGAUGGACGAUUCGCCUGCUUCAAGCGUUUGAGCAAAGAACCGGUCGAAUGAAUGCGGAAUUACGCCAACAAUACAAGGAGAUCGCCGCUCGACUCGCCAAGACACCGUUAGAUUUGUAUGAGCUCGUGGAUGGCGAGGCUUUCGUGAAGUCUCUGAAGUCAGAGAAGCUUCAGAAGCUUCAAGAAAAGGGUAACGUUAUCAAGCAACGACUCCGAUUCCUGCUCUUCGAGCGAGAAAACACUCAUAUUGGCAAUGUUACGGCUGACCCGUCGCUGGAAUCAAUAGACAGUGAACAUAAGGACUUCCGCCUGUCGUUGGAUCUUCUCUCAUCAACUGCAAAGACGCUCAAUUGGAGAAGUCACAUCGAUAAAUUACUGGUAGAAGCCGAGUCUCAGCUCGUAAACGAGCGGUCCCGAAUCGAGUCCAUGUUUAUCGCAAAACGAUCUCGAUUCCAAGCUGAAAUUGAGGAAUUUGAAGGUGAAGUCCGAGGGUUUGCGAAGAAAGGAGACCUACGACACGCCGCCACUUACGUCGUCCAGCUUGCAAAGAUGCAAGACAACAUAGUCAACUUUCGGCAAGCUAUGACCACUAUUAUUCAGGAAGAGCAGAAACUUCAGUGGAAGCCUACAGACUUUGGUAAAUUGGAUGACAUUGCCGAAGAAAUGGCCCCGUACGAACGACUAUGGAAGACUGUGAGGGAGUUUCGAGAGAUGAACUCGAAAUGGCUACGUGGAAACGUAUUCGAGCUACCAGGAAACGAAGGGAUGCAAACCCUGCAACAAAUGCUUACAGUCGUCUCCGACGUGUCCAGUGUUUUGAUUCUGAAUUCGGCUGCGGCUGCGAUCACUGCCGAGGCUGUUCGGAAGCAGAUGACAGACUUUCGUGAGAACGUCCGAUUUUUAGUGGCGAUUCAGAAUCCAGCAAUGAAAGAACGACACAUGAAAGCGGUGUCGGGACUGAUCGGGAUAGAUUUUACUUCAGAAGAAGCGAUCACUUUAUUGAAAUUGCUGGAGAACGGAGUGUUUGAAAGGAUCGGUGAUAUCGUCGAUAUCAGCUGCAAUGCAACGCAAGAGCAGCAGAUUGAACGAGCUCUACAUGAAAUAAGGGAUGAGUGGGAGGCAAUCAGCUUCAACCUCGUACCCUCGAGACACCCCAUUACUGUAAGCACGGCACUAGCUCCAAUAUUGUCGACAGAUAAUGGCGAACCUGAAACAGUUAAUAUCGUACUGGAGAAAGACUGUGGAGAGCAAAUUGUUUCUCUUAUGGAAGACCACCUCUUACGGCUGCAAUCACUAUCCUGUAUGGCCCAUGCCGGGCCGUUCAUCGAGGAAAUCGCCUUCUGGCAAACAUUUGCAUCCGAAAUGGGGCAAAUUGUUGAAAUGCUGGUACUUGUCGAGCACCGGUGGCGCAGAAUAACUCCUCUGUUUGCGGCUGGAAUUGUUGAGAAUGAUUCCAAGUCAUCUCGGCUCUUUGUCAGCGCGGCAAAGCUAUACCAAUCAAGUCAUGCUACUAUACUCCGCAAUCCAGCUUGUGCAGAAUAUUGUCAGCAAUCAAACACAACGGUGGAUCUAGAUCAAACUCCGAAAUCCCCAGCUACAAGCUUGAUAUCCGACUUAGAAGAGUGCCAUGAGAUUCUGGAAACCGUGCGAGCAGAUGUCCGAGUCGGAUUCGAAAGCAAACAAGCGAGUUUCUCCCGGUUCUACUACCUUUCGGAUCUUGAACUGGUGACUGCGUUGGCUCUUGCAGAGGUUCCGAGUGAUGUGUCGCUCUGGAAAGCGCUAUCUCGGUGCUUCCCUGGCAUCCACAGUGUUCAAACAAAUCCUGCGAAUGAAAUCACAGCACUGCUCAGUUCAGUCGGCGAACCUUUUCCUCUUGGCUCGGCGAUCACCACAAAAGACACAUCAAUGCCGACAUGGCUGACAAAACUUGAGACUUCGAUGACAACAAUCCUACAUGCAUCCAUUCGGGCGGCUUGCAGUGAUCUCCCACGUAAAGAAUUUCGAAAAUGGUGUUUGGUUUGGCCUGAACAAUCGCUGCUUGUAGCAAUUCAGCACACGUGGACACUCGAGUCGGAGCAAGCUUACCAAAAUGCUAACCAGAGAAAAGCAUGGACUGAAAUUACGGAAAAAAUACUCCAGAAUACUGACGCAGUGUGGAAAGAGAUGAGAGUGACGGCAUAUCCACACGCGAAAGUGGCACUAGCGAAUACUAUACUGUUGCUGACGCAGCUUCGCGAUGUCAGCGCUAGCGCACUGGCAGACGUUGGCGGCAUGUGGGUGGAAGAAAGUGAUGAGAAAAAGAGUGAGCGACACACGUUUCCCCAUUUCUCGCCAAGUUUAUGCUGGGCAGCACAGCCACGCUUUUAUUUCAUUGACAGCGUACUGAGUGUCACGAUGAUGACUUCGUCGUAUCUACCUUACGGGCUUGAAUACUUAGGAAAUGGGUCAAGUGGGAUGCUGGUAACGCCACUCACGCUGCGCUGUUAUCAUGCUGUCGCUCAAGCAGUUAGCACGAUGACUAAAGGAGUAUGCUUGGAGGGUACUGCUGGUACUGGGAAGUCCACGAUCUGUCAUCAAUUAGCUCGUUUGUGUGGUCGGCUCUACGUCACGUUUCAGUGCGCUAACAAAAAGCUGGUAUUUAACGAGCUGGUCAACUACGUCAAGGCUACUGCUUCCUCCGGAGCAUGGCUCUGUAUUGACAAUUUCCAGCUGUUAAAUGCAGUAAACGUGUCCUUGAUAAAGAUGCUAUGUGCACAAGUCAUGAAUGGUCUCGCUGCAAGACACGCGCAGUGCACUCUUGUUGGUGACCGAGUACGUCUACGUCGUGGAGCUCUAUUCUUUCUGACGCUAACAACAGGACACGGAGCAUCCGGGAACGAACAGUUAGUGCAAGAAGCGCGGUUCUUCUUUCGAACCAUUGUCGUGCAGUCACCAGAUAUCGAAAAGCUAGCCGAGUUCGAGUUUCAAAACGCAAGAUUUGUGCAUGCAUCAGAGCUAGCCAAGCUUUUGACUGUCGCUCUGAGAUCAUUUGAACGUGGAUUUGAGAUGAUGAACCACCCAUCCGCGACAACGAAUGAAACAAACAUCCUCGGAUCUCGACUUGCUAACUUACGAGUGGUCAAGAAUGUGGUUAUUCGCGCAGCGGAACUAAAUGAUGCUGAGAAAGAGCAUCGUAGACGUACUCGACGAAGCCUUUUGAUCUCAGAUGAAGAACAUGAAGAAGUGUCAGCAACACAAGAACCUAUUCCAAACGAUACUACUGCCGAGGCUAUCGCGAAACGAGAUGAAGAAGUGGUGGAGCACCAAUGUGUUUUUCUGGCUAUUCAAGAAUGUAUCGGUUCGGUUGUACCAGCAGCGUAUCUCCACCUAAUUAACGCAGCAAUCGAACCUACAUUAGUAGCCCCAACGCGGUGUGUUGUUGUGUGCCCUCGAGCUCUUCAGCUGGACCAACUGCUCUCCGUCGAAGCGGAAGAUCAAUCACGUAGCGUACUGUUUAAGCUACUGCAGGAAGCGAAGACAUUGCAUAGGACAGACAAGCGUACCCAAACGUGGCUUGUUUUCGAUGGUGACCUCGAUCCCUUGUGGAGUGAGCAACUGCUUUAUACUGUCGAAGAACUUCAGGACGAUAUUCCGGGAUACCGGAAAGGCUUGCGACUGUCAUCGGGAAAGGUUUUGGUCGUUCCUCAUUAUGUUCACGUUGUAAUGGAGACAACAACACUAACGAACGCAUCACCAUCCUUUCUUUCUCGUAUCGGCGUGGUACACGUGGGUGGGUGUGAAGUCAGCCAAAAGUGGGAAAAUGUGUACGCAGUUUGGAAAAUACUACGAAAGGCAGAGUUCGAAAAGUAUGGGGGACUCAUCUUCGGCAUACUUGAUACGCUAGUGUCCGAACUUGUCCCAGUUACACUGGAGUUUGUUGACGUUAAUUUUCAGAACUACACCAACAUUGGUCAAGGAAUGGAGCGAGUUCAGUGGAUGCUUGCCUUUUUCCACAGUUCGUUGAACCAAUCAUGGAAGAAGUUUUGCUCGCUGACGAGUGAAAAACAGCGCAACACUGCUGUUCAUUGCUUAUUUCUGCAAGCACUUGUGUGGGGUGUCGGGAGUACUACAGACGUGGAGGAGCGUCGGAAAUUUCAUGUUUUCUUGUACGACUUCAUUCUUCAUGGCCCGAACAACGAGCAGUCCACAUUAAAACGGUUGGUGCUGUUAUUCUUUCCGACUGGCAUUCUGGUCGGAAGUGUCUCAAGCAAUGUCGAUGGAAGUAAGAGUAACACUAAUACUGUGCUCGUGUUUGUUGAUGAUUUGCAGUGCUUCGAUCCAAAUCGCAGAAUGGACUCGUCACUUGAAUUGUUCCGUAUGCUGGCGGAGUAUCAAACUGUCGUUGAUCCUGUUACAAGCUUGGUGACAAAAUGCAAGCACGUUGUCCCGUUCGCGACACUGCAACUACCGACUCCAAGUGUCGAACGCAGUCACACUCGGUCCGAUGAUAUUGGACGCCUACUACACAGAUUUAUUCCGAUUGGGUUGCUCCCUUUUUCGGAUUCGGACCUCACCUCUAUUUGUGAAAGUAUCUCACACUCGAACACAACAUUAUCGCAACCACCAGGAACACCAUUUACAUCUUCAGGGAAAGGUACACAUACAGCUACCGUCAAAGAUUCGGAGAACCUUCUGUCCAUUGUUGUGAAAGCCAGCUUGAAGUUGUACCGACUACUGACUUCAAGCAACGACGUCAGUAUCUUUUCGAAGAAAGCAACGUUCAACCCAGUCAAGCUGCACUAUAACUUCCGCGUAGCACAGCUCUUUCGGCUUGUUACAACUAUUUGCUGCGAGAUUCGACCUUCACUAUCCCCUGCAGAGAAACCAGCACUGUCUCGAUUAUGGUGCCAUGAAAGUGCGCGUGUAUUCGGAGACAACAUCAUCGAUUCGAAGGAGUCGCUUAGUUUUCACCAACACACUAUCGACAUUGCGUUAGCCACGUUUGGGGUUGCAACUGAAGCAUUUUUCCCAGCGCGUUUCGACACUCAAGAUCUUCAAGAUCAGAGUAUCGCCCAGAAUUGGUUUGCGAAUGACCUGUAUUUUUCGUACAUGGGGGACAGUCCUACUGGUGUCUAUAGACACGGCUAUCACGAGGUAACUGAUAUACCGAAGCUCGAACUUCUGGUUGAACGUAGUAUGAUGGCGAUGACCAGCUCAACCUCCAGUUCACCUGAAUCGAUGGAGAUAACUAUGUGCACUUACGUUAUCAAGCAUAUCUUGCGCUUGAGUCGAUUACUACGAAUGGGCACGAAAGCAGUGCUCUUACUGGGCGCAUCUGGAAGAAAACUGGUCACGAUCACACGUUUGGCAUGUUUCAUUUGUAAAAGGGUCUCAGCUAUUUAUCGUAUCCCUGGCGACCUUGGUCGACCGAAUGAAGAGAUGACUGAUCGUAGCAAGUGGAAUGCAACUUUUAGAACUGCGAUGUUGAAAAGUAUUCGGGCUCGCGACACGUCGCUAGUUUUUAUAGUGAAAGACAACUAUCUGCAUCCAGACGCUUAUCCUUAUCGAAUUAUCGAUAAAUUUCUAGGAGGUCACAACUUGCCUCCCGACGUCAUCGCGUACGAACAUCUCGAUGAAGAAAUUCUUGCUGUUUUGCGCGAAAGAGAGCAGAGCCCUGCUCAAGUGACUCGGUCUAACAGUCGAAAAUCCGUGACUACUCUUCAUCAAACACCCCCCAUGCAUCGAUCAAAAAGUGCGCUACUUGAUUAUUUCUUUCAGUGCGUCAGACAAAAGCUUCAGUUGGUGCUCGUUCUUUCAUUAACUGAGCCUAAGAAUUGGACGUCGAUACUGUGGCGAUUCCCGAAUAUUCUGAAAUGCUGCGACGUCAACUACGCUGGACCAUGGUCAACGGACGACCUAGUAACGAUGGCACGAAAAAGCCUAAAACAGUCCACAGUUGCUACAGAUGCAUUGAGUGCCAUGAAGUAUUCGGAGGCUGCUGUUCAGGUAUACGAGGCUACUAUGCUUAUGGAUCACUUGAGUCUGUUUACUUCACAUUACGACCAGGUGCACGGCACGGUUUCUUCAAACAUGGCUCGCUUUAAAGCGGGUCUGGAAUUCAUUGACCAAACCGCCCAAAUCCUGAAAACAGAGCAGACGCAAGCCGAUCUGUUACUUCCAGAAAUGCUCGAGAAGACAGAAUUGCGACGACGGAUGUCUGGCAGCUGGGAAAGAGAGCGAAUUGCGACGGACAAAGUCACCAGAGCGCUGGAGCUGGCAACGACUCUGGCUGUCGCUCAACGUGAGCGACUUGCUAUGGUUACUCAAGAAUAUCACAACUUGAUUAAAGACUCUCGGGAUGCGUUUGAUCAAAUCAAAAGCUCACUGCAAAAAUUCCACGAAGCUUGCAAUACCGGUAGUGUCAAUGAGGUGGAUACUGAAAUGGUUGCCAGGCGGCGUCUUCAUCGGCAAAUCCGUGAGUUUGCAUCGUUGAAUCGGAUACCUUCUUCCAUUUAUCAGCUGUCAGAAUGUAUUGGCGUGAUAUUGGGCUUCGAACCAGUAGAAGGACGUGAUGAAAUGGACCCAGACGAGACUAUCAUGAACUACUGGGCAAAUGUCGCUAUGCAAGUCAAUUCUACCGCAUUCUGGAAAACGCUAUCGACUUUUGACGCUCGAGAUGUCACGGAAAAGAUGCUGAGUGUUUUGCUUCCGAUUUGUCGGUCACCUGACUUUGAUAAAGAUUUAUUUGCGUCCGUUCACGAGGUUGCUGGUGUCCUGUGUGAAUGGGUCCAGAAAUGUACCGCGUUUGCUCGAGACUUCGUGCUAGCGUUACCAAAACAAGCUCAACUGGAACGUGAAAAAGAGCUACUCAAAGAGGCAGAAAAGCGAGUUGACAAGACCAAAGUGGAGAUUUACAACCAAAGUACAUCAGCUCAACAAGCUGGUGCACAACGAGAUUUAUCAGAGCAGGAGCGACAACGCGCAGACGAGAAGUUGCAUGACACGACGUCACAACUGCAGCUGACAAGUGCAGCUUGGAAGGUUUUGUUUUCAACGCGAGAGAAGUGGCAGCAGCGGUAUGACGCGUAUACUGAAUUGGCAGAACACUGGAAAGGUGACCUGCUGCUAGCUACAGCAGUGGUAUCUUAUGCUUCGUGUCUUAAUUACUCGUCAGAACUUGCCAAGAUGAAUUUGAACGGCGUACAGGUGGAUGACGAGAGUACACUAGAGAGCGCAGUGAUUGCAUUGAACUGCUAUCGUUCGCCACUUCUCAUUGAUCCAUAUGGCGUGGCUUCCGACUGGCUGAAAAAACAGCUAGGUGCUGGGAAGGUUGCUGUUGCAUCAGGCAACAAUACUACGACUAACGCAGGGGUUUGGAAGGAAGUGGCUACAAGCAUUAAACAGCAGACGUCUCUAAUUAUUAUGGAUAUCUGCGAAGAUCGCUUACAAGGCUUGCAUUCGUUCGUCGAGUCAAAACGAAGAGCUAUGUUUGAUGCUGUUAACCGUGAUAUUACUGUUAGCCGUAAUGGUAGCGGAUACCGCUGUUGGUGUUACCCUCCUGAAGAUCCGACGGAGGAGACUGAUGCGGUAGAAACGCCAGCUUUUGAGUUCAGCAGUGACGCGUGUAGAGUUUUUUUUGUCUACACAGACUCCAACGUUAUUCCAGAGUGGAUGUCCAAAUAUCUGAGCCAGCUUACAGUAAUUCAGUUUGAGCUGACAGCCUCAUUCGUGGAAUCGCAAGCUCUGCACAAAGUUCUGGAGUCUCAAGGACGACUUCGAGAAGUGACGGAGAUCCGAACGUUGCAACAAGAAAUGGUGAUCUGUGACGAACAGAUUUAUGGUUUGGAAGAAGAGCUGCUAGAGUUCUUCAACACUGAAAAGACCGAAGUGGUUUACUCCGAUAACUCGAAAGCUCUCCGAAUUAUCGCCAACCGAAGGGCUGUUAACACACUGCAAAGCACCAAAACGGAAGCCAUGGCAACGAUACAAACACACUGGGAUAGUCUGAAGAGCUAUGCUGCUGUUGCCAGGCGAUGUUUGGAUGGUGUAUGGGCUUGGCGCGAGUUCAAUUUCCUGGAUAACAGAGAUUUUGCUUGUACUGAGAAGCUGCUUCCGCUUUCACGGGUGUGGCAACUGUUGGUCCGAGCUGGUGAAUUGAGCAACAAGAACGACACCAAUUUGGAAGAAGUCAUGGCCUGUUUUACUGGUUGUCUGCAGCAGUAUGUCAGUAUGAAUCUUCGAGAUGAAGAAUGCCUGCUUUUCAGGUUUCUACUGGCAUUUCGUAUAUGGCAGCGACUUGGGCCCCAAUCCGAUCGGGAUCCCUGUAGACCAACCAUGAAAAGUUUACUUGCGCUUCGCCCAACAGGUGUGAAAGCGAAGGCUUGGUCUGUAGUGUGCUACCUGGCAGAAGCGUCAGGAACCCUUCGACAGUUUAUAUCAACGAUGCAGAGCAUGGAAAGCGGUCAGACCGCAUGGCAAUUGCUGUUUGAACAAGACACAAUGAUGUCAAGUGAAUGGAACACUCCAGUUCCUCUUGAUGUGUUUAUGCGUUUAUGUAUCGUGGUAGCUGUUCAUCCACAAAGAUUUCUGGGCGAGCUGGAAGAUUUUGCCGAGCGCGAGCUAAAACGAAUUCACUUGGCACCAGUCACAGCGACAUUCUGCUCACUAACUGUGACGGAAACGAGCGCUCCUUCGCUACCCACGUUGGUGGCCGCAGCAGCUCACUCUGCCCCGGAUCGACUUAGAGAUCUGUACUACAUGUGGCAGUCGUUUUCAAGUGCCAGGACGCCCAUCGUCGUGCCGUGCCCUCCAACGAUUGACUUUGUGGGUGCUGUAGCAAAUGUGGCGAGACGUGCUGGUGCGACCAUAGAUACAGGUGACACUAUCCAGCUAUUACUUUCCGACGAAGCUGAUUUCAAGAAACUAGUUCUGUUGGCUAUGGAGAAAGGUCAAUGGAUUGUACUUCCCAAUUUACAUUCAAGUCACGGUCGAUUAGAACAACUCAACAGUAUUUAUGAGUUGCUCGGGGAUAAAAAUGUUCAUUCCGACUUUCGCCUGUGGAUAUCGAUACGGAAUAAACCUGCAUGCACGAGGCAUUUUGAAAGCAUGCUCAUCAGUCAAAGAGCCAUUCGCAGAGAAUGGGGAAGAGGAUGUAUCUCCCUGAAGCGAAGUUUACAACACACGUUUAAUAUUCUCAAACAAGAACUCGAUGGGCUCAUGCUCAAUAGCACCGUGGGCACACUGACUAGUGCAUCGGUUUUGGGCGAGAAGGAGGAGAGAUGUAUAAAACAGUUUGGAGUAUUCCACGCCUUUGUUUCUUUUUGGAGAUACGGAACUGUGCACGGUCCUUCGUUCAAUGGUGGCUCUGGACACCGAGAAGGAAAUGCUCGUUAA